CGCUCCGGCCGUGCCGGAGCCGCGCUGUGCUGCCCGCCGGGCUCGGAGCUCUGCGCUCGGCAUGGGCAGCGCGGCCGCGCCGCUGCGGGUGCUGCUGGACAUGGACGGGGUCCUGGCCGACUUCGAGGGCGCGGUGCUGCGGGAAUUCCGCGCCCGCUUCCCGGCGGAGCCGCGCGUGGAGCUGGCGGAGCGCCGGGGCUUCUCGGUGCGGGAGCAGUACCGCAGCCUGCGGGAGGAGCUGGCGGCCAAGGUAGCCAGUGUCUAUGAGUCCCCUGGCUUCUUCCUAGGCUUGGAUCCAAUUCCAGGAGCCCUGGAAGCUGCGCAGGAGAUGCUCCACAUGCAGGAUACUGAAGUCUUCAUUUGCACGAGCCCUCUCCGGAAAUACGAGCACUGCGUCGUGGAGAAGUACAAGUGGGUAGAGAAACACUUGGGACCCGAGUUUGUGGAGCGGAUUAUUCUGACCCGAGACAAGACCCUGGUGGCUGCUGACCUGCUGUUUGAUGACAAGGACACCAUCCAAGGCGCGGAGCCGAAGCCGAGCUGGGAGCACAUCCUGUUCACCUGCUGCCACAACCGGCACGUCCAGCUGCCGGCCCCGCGCCGGCGCCUGCGCUCCUGGGCCGACGACUGGCAGGCCAUCCUGGAAAGCAAGCGCAGGCACUAGGCCAGGAAGGGGAUGCUGUGCCCUUCCCACCGCCAGGAAACAACCAGCCCACCCCCUGCCACUGCAGGGGUCACAGAAGGAAGGAGCUGCUCCUGUCAGACACAGUGCUCCGGGUUUCUGGAGGUUGCUCUGCACUGUUAAUCUCUGUAGCGUUUUGGAUGUUUGCUGUUGGAGAAGAGAAACUAUAAACUACAAGCAGCUGUGGUUGGA